AUGCCUCAACAACAUGUUAAUAAAACUCAACAAAAACACUUCAAACUUGUUUUUACUAAUGCAACUUCUGUAAUUCAAGGAAAAAUUAAUUUUUAUCAGAAUAAAGCUAUACUGGAGAAUUGGGUUAUAUUUGAAGAAUUUCGUAAGAAAUAUAAUUAUGUUGUAAUACUUGAAAAUAAUCACAGAUUUGGUGAAUAUAUUGCACAAUAUCUAAAAAGAAAAAUUCUGGUGAAUACAAAGCAAAAACUGUUGGUAUGCGGCGACUUUGUCGCUGCUAGUAUGAAAUUCUACCUGGAUCACGGGGGUAGGAAGUUUCCACCAUUGCGGAAGCUAUUGAAAGAAAUUAUGUUGGCAUUUCGCUCAGUGGCGAUUGAAAAUUCGAGGUCAUCGAAUUGGAGUUAUGUCGGAGCAAAUUAUCCAAAAAAUGAAGAAGUUGGAAUAAUUAACCCAGUGUUUUUAAUUGAUGAAAUGGACUAG